CAUCAUGGACUUUGACAAAAGGAUAUUAUAGCUAAUCCUGCGAGGGCUUAGGGUAAAAGAGGACCAAACAACGAAAAAAAUAAAAUUGCAGUCACAUGCAACACCUGGCAUUCGCCGGUCGUCACCGACCCGACUACUACUCUGGCCCUCACUGGUUUAUCUAUGAGAGAGCGGACGGGAUCUCGAGUUUUCCGGUGGGUAUGGUCGCAUGUGUCAGCCAUAUGUUGUCAGUCAGUUUAUCAAGUUUCAGCCCCAGCGUUCCAACCCCUGGUGUGUGCUAACGGACUGGCCUCCAGGCUCAUAAGGAUUCCCCUGAAUCUCAGUCGGGUCCCUGUUCGUCAUACCAUGGCAGUUCUAUUCAUUCUCUCAACAUUCUUUGCGCUUUAUGAAGGCAGAGGCCAAACUAACCCGCCUUUCAUUCCAAAGACCCAAACUUCAUCUAAAACAUCUCUCUCUCUGUUCUUCUUUAUCCCUUGGUGGAACAGUCUCCCUCCCUAAGCACCACAUAUCCUGUAUUCUAGACUCCAGCUCAAAAGCUAUAAUCAUGGUCCUUUGUUGCCAGGAUCAACAAACAAGCGCGUUUCUAAAAGUCGCACAAACAAAAGACUUCCAUUCCCUCCUUCAAGCUAUAUA